AUGGGGGGUUAUAUUCUUAACAUGGAUUCAAGCAGCAGCAGCAGUGGCAGCGGCAGCGGCAGCGGCAGCAGCAGCAGCGGCAGUGGCAGCAGCAGCAGCAGCAGCAGCAGCAGCAGCAGUAGCGGCAGUAGCACCAGCGGCAGCAGCAACAGCAGCAGCAGUAGCAGCAGCGCCAGCAGCAGCAGCAAAACCUCUGUGACUAAAUUGCCACAGAAAGAAGCCAGCUGUGUGGUGAUUGACUCAGACUCUGACUCUCUCUAUGAGGAAAAGAGAUCUAAGAUCUGUGAAAUAAGCAGUGAAGAUGAGUCUUCUGACGAGUCUUCUUCUGAUGAGUCUUCUAACGUUAAGGGCUCCAGCGAUCAGAAGUCUCAAGUAAUUGUUAUCGAUGAUGAAGAUGACAGUCCCAAUUUAAAGGGUUCUGAGCAGAAAAAAGAUGUUUCUAGUGAUGAGUGCCAAAUGCCUGUUCUCGAAAAAGAAAUUGAUUGUGUUGUUCUUGGGGCUACUUCAUCUGCUGAUGUUUGUGAAAUAGGGGCCCCUGGAAAAAGUUCCAAACAACCACCACUGGAGCCUGAGCCCGAACCCGAGCGGGAGCCUGAGCUUGAGCCUGAGCUAGAGCGGGAUCCCGAGCGGGAGCCUGAGCCUGAGCCUGAGCCAGAGCAGGAUCCUGAGCCUGAGCCUGAGCCUGAGCCCGAGCCAGAGCGGGAUCCUGAGCCUGAGCCUGAGCCUGAACCCGAGCCCGAGCCUGAGCGGGAGCCAGAGCCAGAGGGGGAUAUCGAGCCAGAGGGGGAUAUCGAGCCAGAGGGGGAUCUCGAGCCAGAGGGGGCUCUCGAGCCAGAGGGGGAUCUCGAGCCAGAGGGGGAUCUCGAGCCAGAGGGAGAUCUCAAGCCAGAGCCAGAGGGGAAUAUCGAGCCAGAGGGGGAUAUCGAGCCAGAGCCAGAGGGAGAUCUCGAGCCAGAGCCAGAGGGAGAUCCCGAGCCGGAGCCCGAACCUGGGCCCGAGCCGGAGCCCGAACCUGGGCCCGAGCCGGAGCCCGAACCUGGGCCUGAGCCGGAGCCCGAGCCAGAGCCCGAGCCGGAGCCCGAACCUGGGCCUGAGCCGGAGCUCGAGCUGGAGCCUGAGCCCGAGCUGGAGCCAGAGCUCCAGCAAAGUCCUGAGCCCGAACCCGAGCGGGAGCCUGAGCUUGAGCCUGAGCUAGAGCGGGAUCCCGAGCGGGAGCCUGAGCCUGAGCCUGAGCCAGAGCAGGAUCCUGAGCCUGAGCCUGAGCCUGAGCCCGAGCCAGAGCGGGAUCCUGAGCCUGAGCCUGAGCCUGAACCCGAGCCCGAGCCUGAGCGGGAGCCAGAGCCAGAGCCAGAGCCAGAGGGGGAUAUCGAGCCAGAGGGGGAUAUCGAGCCAGAGCCAGAGGGAGAUCUCGAGCCAGAGCCAGAGGGAGAUCCCGAGCCGGAGCCCGAACCUGGGCCCGAGCCGGAGCCCGAACCUGGGCCCGAGCCGGAGCCCGAACCUGGGCCCGAGCCGGAGCCCGAACCUGGGCCUGAGCCGGAGCCCGAGCCAGAGCCCGAGCCGGAGCCCGAACCUGGGCCUGAGCCGGAGCUCGAGCUGGAGCCUGAGCCCGAGCUGGAGCCAGAGCUCCAGCAAAGUGUUACAGCCCAAGAAUCCAAGGAGAGAAAGGCUGCCGCUCUGCUGGCGCAACAAAGGAGAAAGAAAAGAAAGAAUAGAUUUAUAUGCAUGGCUCCACCUAAAUCACGUAGGAAACGGCGUCGGGUAGUCUCACAGGAUGUGCCCAGCCUGCCAAGUGCCUCUGCAGAGUCUAGUCCCCCUGAUGAGCCCACAUCAUCAGACCAGCCUGCCAAAUGCAUGCCAUUAAAGAAACGUAGAGGCAAAAGGGCACGUACACAUGAGAAACGUAUGUGCAAAAUUCCUGGAUGUUUCUUGAAUAACAUUGAGAAGUUAAAAGAGUAUUCUGGAAGGAAUUUCAAGCACAAUAAGGAAGAACUGGCUCAGAAAAUCUACGCACUACUUAACCACACUGUCUUUGAUGGAAAGUUGCCAGAGAAAAUAGAAAUCAUUUGGAAUAAAAAGAUGCUACGGACUGCUGGUUUAUGCACUACCCAUGAGAUACAACAACCCAAGAGGCAGCGCUAUGCUAAGAUUUCAAUUUCUCCAAAAGUCUGCGACUCUGCAGAUCAAAUCCGGGACACCUUGAUCCAUGAACUAUGCCAUGCAGCCUCCUGGCUGCUUGAUGGCAUCCGGGAUUCUCAUGGUAUCUCAUGGCAAUAUUAUGCUAAAAAAUGCAAUUCAGUACACCCAGAACUGCCCAAGGUCACCCGUUGCCAUAACUACACAAUUCACUACAAGAUCUAUUAUGAAUGCAUGCUGUGCAAAUACAGGAUUGGCCGCUACACCAGAUCGCUGAACACUGAACGCUUCAUCUGUGCCAGAUGCAAAGGGCAUCUGGUCUUGCUGCCAUUGUUUCGCAAGGAUGGAACCCCCAUUGUGCCCUAUGUGAGACCAUUUGCCAAAUAUGUGCAGGAGAAUUAUAGAGCCGUGUUUAACGGCACGGCAGGAAUCAGCCAUGGGAAUGUGAUGAAAAGACUCAGCAAGGAUUAUUUUGCCAGUAAACAAAAGGCAAAUCCUUAAGGUUUGCCUGGAAUAUAGUUAUGUGAGCCAAAUCCUUUACUGGCAAGAAGUUCUAGAAAACUAU